CAGAUCCGAACAGUCCUUCGUUUCGUCUGCUUAAUACUCAAUCGAGCCCUCACUCUCAUUAACCACGCAUUACAAAAUGUUGUCACUCAUUGUCUCCUCCCUGAUGGCCCUGGCGCAGGCUGCUCCCCACCCGCUCGUUCAGCCGCAAAACGCUGCUGCUCUUCCUGCCAAUCUGGUGCGAGAUUUGGCUACCGCUGUCGCCUUCCGUAAGACGGUUACUGGCCCCCCAGAGAUCCUCGCAAACUGGACCGGCUCCGAUGUUUGCCAAUGGAUUGGAUUUUACUGCGCCGAAAAUCCCGACAAUGGUGUCCUGAGCCUCGCUUCCAUCGACUUCAACGACCUCCACUUGACCGGCAACCUUAAGCUGAACCACUUCAUUGAGAAUUUGCCGGAUCUUGCCCUUCUCCAUGUCCUCAACAACAGCUUCAGCGGUUCUGUCCCCAACCUCAAGAACAGCAAAUACCUAUAUGAAGUCGACAUCAGCCAGAACAAAUUCAGCGGCAGCUUCCCUAAGAACGUACUCAGCAACAGUGGUCUCGUUUACCUCGACGUCGGCAACAACCGGUUCACCGGCCCCCUCCCCCAAAACCUCAUGUCUUCCCUACCCAAUCUCGAGGUCCUCAUGGUCCGCGUGAACCGCUUCAGCGGCUCCAUCCCCGACAUGUUUGCCAACUCCCAGAGUCUCAGAGCCGCCAGCUUCCUCGAGAACCAGUUCACCGGCCCCAUCCCCGCCAGCCUGACAAAAGUCCGGUCGCUCCAGGAGUUCAGCUUCGCCACCAACAACCUCACCGGCCCCAUCCCCCUGGGCUUCGGCCUCUUGCCUAACCUCACGGCUGUCGAUUUCUCGUACAACCAGCUCACAGGUACCGUCCCCGAGGACCUGUGCGCUAGCAAGUCGAUCCAAUACAUCUCGGUGGCUGGCAACAAGAUCGACCCCCGCCUGGGUCCUGAGUGCCAAAAGGCAAAGGCAAGCGGUAUCUUGAUCAAUUAGAUUAAAAUAUAGAACACGCGAGGUUAGAAGUGCGUGGCACUAUGAUGAAGACAAACUAUAGACAGUUUCAGGGAGCGUAGUAAUGUCUGAACCCUUUCAGUUCGAGAUGCAGUGCCUAGUGUAAAUGUGCUAGGUGCGUUUUACUUGAUUAGAAUAACACUACUAUUAAGUUUGCAGACGAAAGAAAUGUAAUGUCUUGUUCACUGCC